AUGACGAUUGGACAAGCACCGUUGAAGGGCCUCCAUAAUUUGUCACUGUUGUGCAGUGCUUUAGCUACGCCCAAAUCCAGGGUUUGGUGCAUCACCUGCAAGCGCUGGUCCCAGACCCGCAAGCUCACAAUCCACAUGAGGAGUUUCGGUCACGAGCCAGGCAAACCGACGGACCAUCUCAAACUCCUCCAUGCAUAUAUAGGAAGCUUCCCAGCCGUGAAAAGAAUAGACUUUCACUGGGAAGGAGAGAGGGGUCUGUCACCCCUAUCACUCGCAACGGAGCCGCGCCUUGAACAUGCACGCACAGGGAAGCCAAGCCAAGCCUGUCCUCAUAAAAGCGCAUCACGAGUGCGACCAUUAAGAUUCCCACAUCUCCUACAGAUGGAGCUGGUCAAUGCAACGAGGGAUGCGUCGCAAGUAACAUCUUUUAUCCCGGAGCGUCGGCACUCCCUCCGCGAAUUCAAUUUCGAAGACGUGGUACUCCGCAGCGGCAAUUGGGACGACGCGUUGGCGCCAUUGACACGACUCAGCGGCAGCGAGGAAUGGAUGCAGGGUCAGCGCAACAGGGAGAGCGUCGAUGUCCCUAUAGUAUUGAGUGCCGGACUCGGCCGGAAACAUUUACAGAAGGCAAUUUGCACAUUACAGCAACGAAAGGGUCCAAGCACAUUGAGAAGCUUGGCCGGGGCACGAUCCCGGACGCGCGAGCUGUGGGGAAGAAGCCCGGAUCAUAUGAAGCGAUUGCUUCGGCCUUCGGUGUUUAGUUGGCGGUAA